UUUUGCGUUGUUUCUUAAAGUAAGAUCUCCGUUGAGGAUUUUUUUGUAGAUGGUGGCACGCAAAACUUUUUCUACAAGUGUUCAACUCAUGUGAACCCCGAGAAAAAUGUCCCGUUUUCUGAAGCAUUUCACAGCGGUGGGUGAUGAGCAAAACACCGCCGCACAGUGGCAGGACACGGAAUUGCACGAUGUCAGUGAAGACCUGGAGCGCGCCACAGGACAGCACCUGGGACAGGUCAGCUUCAGGGACUCCCUACGCCGCCUCUACAGUACAGAGAGGUUCCAGAUUUUUGUUGUUUGCUUGGUCGUCUUGGAUGCCAUUUUCGUUCUGUGUGAGUUGCUUAUUGACUUGUCUAUCAUUCAAGCAGAUCAUCACAGAAUCGCUCCGCAGGUAUUCCAUUAUCUCAGCCUCACCCUUCUCACAUUCUUCAUGGUGGAACUGUUUGGAAAAAUCUAUGCGUAUCGUCUAGAAUUCCUCCACCAUAAGUUUGAGGUGUUUGAUGGGAUUGUGGUGGUGGUAUCCUUCAUCCUGGACAUUGUAUAUAUCUCAAAGGAAGAUGCAUUUGAUGCCAUGGGGCUUCUGAUCUUGCUCAGGUUGUGGAGAGUGGCCAGGAUCAUAAAUGGUAUAAUUAUGUCUGUGAAAAAUCGUGCCCAUCACAAAGUUCAGAAAAUAAAAGAGAUCAAUGAAAACCUUGUACAUCAAGUCAAUGAACUUCAAGAGCGACACACAAAAAUGGACCAAGAAAACGCCAGGCUUCGUGCGCUCUUAAAACAGCACGGCAUUGAGUUUUGAUGCUCCAAGGUUAUUCAUUAAACACAUCACAUGAGACUGAGCUUAAGACUAAUCAUGUCUAUUCAUUCCAUAUGAAAUGUGAAGAAGGUCAUAUUACAGUGUGAUGUGUUUAUUGUCACUCAAAGCCAAGCCGAUCUUGAUCUUUGUCCCCUGGCAGAUCUUUAACAGCACACAUAAAGGGAGAUGAUUUUUAAAGCCAGUGACUCA